GGAGGCGGGGUCCCGGCGCUGUGCUCGCGCCCCUAGCGCGCCAGUCCCGGGGCUGCAGGGAGCGCAGCGCGCGCGGCCCGGGCCCCGGCCACCGGACGCCCUACCGGACACGACCCUCCCUGGAGCUUGGACAACUGCCCACCUCGGACACUGCACCGGACACUGCCCCCCACAGGGCUGGACACUACAACGGACACUACUUCCCAGCUCCGGACAUUGCUCUCUUCUCCCCCCAACCCCCACCCCGGGCCCUGGACGCUUUUCCCCCUCCCCCUCCCCCUCCGGGGGCCCAGACACUGAGCCCCCCGCAGGCUCUAGGUAGCAACCCCUGGCACCCCAGCGGCAGACACUGCCUCUUUCCUAUCCUCUUCUCCUUUCUCCUCCUCCCGCCUCAUCUUUCCCCCGCUCGGGUCGGAGCCCCGCCAGCUCCUCUCCGACCCCCUGCAGCUCGGCCCCUGCUGCCCGCGCCCCCAUCCUCCGGCUGCUCGCCCGGAUGCCUCUCCCCGGGGGAUUGUGGUGGCUCCUCUGCUGCCGUCGAGGCUUUACUCUUCUGCACCGGGACUACGGGGACGGCGAGCUUAGCGGGGACGGGGACGAGGACGAGGACGAGGAGACCUUUGAGCUACGGACCCCGAGUCUAGCGGGCGGCGGGAGGGGCCCCCUGGACGUGACGCUGACGCAGCCUGUGAGAAGCGGGCCGGUCUCAGACAGGCUGCAGAGCUGGGAGGAGACGCGGAGCCUCAUCCCAGAGAAGGGGCCCCCAGAGGACGACCCGGACGUCGUCGUGAAAGGCUGGCUGUACCGUGAGCCCCGCGGAGGAGGAGCGCGGCCCUGGUUGCCUCCGCGCCGAGCCUGGUUCGUGCUCACCCGGGACUCCCUGGACCAGUUCAGCAGCAGCGGGAAGGGGGCGCGGCGCCUCGGGAGCCUGGUGCUCACCAGCCUGUGCUCGGUGACUGGCCCAGAGCGCAGGCCCAAGGAGACCGGUCUGUGGUCAGUGAUCGUCUCCGGCCGGAAGCACAGCGUCAGGCUCUGCUCCCCGCGUCAGGCUGAGGCAGAGCGCUGGGCGGUGGCGCUGCGCGAAGUGAUCGCCUCCAAAGCGCCGCUGGAGACCCCCACCCAGCUGCUGCUCAGGGACAUUCAGGAGAGUUGUGGGGACCCGGAGGCCGUGGCCCUUAUUUACCGACGGAACCCGAUUCUGAGGCACACCAGUGGGGCUUUGUAUGCCCCACUCCUGCCCCUGCCCUAUGGAGCCAGCCCACCAGGUCCAGGAUACGCACCCUUGCGCGAGGAGGCGGUUAGGCUGUUCCUGGCUCUGCAGGCGCUGGAGGGGGCGCGGUGCCCCGGGCCCCUGAUGCAGGGUGUGCUCCAGACCUGCCGGGACCUGCCUGCACUCCGCGACGAACUCUUCCUGCAGCUGGCUAAGCAGACCUCGGGCCCCGCGGGCCCCCCCGGGCCCCCGGCUACCCAAGACCCCGCGGCCCUGCGGUACUGGCAGCUCCUCACUUGCAUGAGCUGCACCUUCCGGCCUGGGGGAGCUGUACGGGGGCACCUCCUGGGUCAUCUGGAGAGGACCGAGCAGGCGCUCCCGGACUCGGAACUGGCGGAAUAUGCGCGCUUCAUCCGGAAAGCGCUGGGCCGGACGCGCGGCCGAGAGCUGGUACCGUCGCUGGCCGAGAUUUCCGCGCUGAGCCGACGGCAGGAGCUAUUGUGCACCGUGCACUGUCCGGGGGCUGGUGCCUGCCCUGUGGCCAUAGAUUCUUACACCACGGCAGGGGAGGUUGCUCGAGAGCUGGUGGGUCGGCUGGGCUUGGCCCCGAGCCGCAACGCUUUCGCAUUGUACGAGCAGCGAGGGGCCCAGGAGCGAGCCCUGGCUGGGGGGACUCUCGUGGCCGACGUGCUCACCAGGUUUGAGAAUUUGGCCGCUGAGGAAGCUAGGCUGGAGGACUCGCCGGACUCAGGUUGGAGACUGUGUCUGCGUCUUCACGGACCUCUGCACCCUGAGGGGCUGUCCCCAGACGGUCACGAACUGCCUUUCCUCUUUGAGCAGGUAAGGAUCUCCAGCAUUCACGCCCCCAUAAAAGACCCCGACCCUGAACCCCUCCCUUCCUGGGCCAUCUCAUUUAAUCGUUCUGGCAACCCCGCGGGAGGCUUCACUCGAACCCAGACCUCGGAUUCCACACCCCGAGGGCGCGGUGGGGCCGGCCGCACGGCGGGAAGCGCGGCCCGCGAGGGAGGAAGUGGCGCCGGCACGGCGGCUGCUGUGCUGGGCGGCUGGAAGCGGCUACGGGGCAUGGGCCGAGCUGAGGCCAUGGCUGCCUACCUGGCUCUGGCGGCGCAGUGUCCAGGGUUCGGCGCUGCUCGGUAUGACGUUCUGGAGCUGAGCACGGAGCCUGGUGGGGGCGCUCCACAGAAGCUAUGCCUGGGCCUGGGAGCCAAGACCAUGUCCCUCUCGCGACCGGGUGAGACAGAGCCCAUCCACAGUGUCAGCUAUGGCCAUGUGGCCGCCUGCCAGCUAAUGGGCCCCCACACCCUGGCAUUGAGGAUGGGAGAGAGCCAGCUCCUCCUGCAGAGUCCCCAGGUGGAAGAGAUCAUGCAGCUGGUGAAUGCCUACUUGGCCAACCCCUCCCUUGAGAGGCCCUGCAGCAGCCCUUCUCCUCCACGCCAAGACCUGCCAGACACCUCCCCUCCCAGCCAGCACCCGGGCCUGGACGAGCCCCAGGGACAGUCUGGCUGUUUGGGGCAGCUGCAGGACUGAGCCUGCCAAGAGGUCAUGACCUCCCUCCUGCCUCCAGCCUGGACCUGGACUGUUCUGCGAUUUGAGGGAAUCAUGGACCCUUUUGGCCCUGCAGGGACAGGGCACACCUCACACCCAAGGGCUGCCAUGGGUGCAGACAAUUUUCUAGUUUGUUUCUUAAUUUAUUUGUAGAAGAGAAGCAAAAAAAUCCUUAUUUACACAAA